UAAAGAUGUACUCACAGUAAAUUACGUUCGGCAGAGUCGAGGAAUGCCUUUUCUAUUGAGCUGCUGCGAGAAGGUAAAGGAUGGACUCGAAUCAGGAAAUGGUGCAUCGCAGACGCUUGGCGCAAAUUCUGCGCUACAUUGCGAGUAUGCACACUGCGCUUAACGGAACCGUCGAAGGAGCCGCCAGUGGGAAUGCGUUUGUCCGCGACGGUUUGCGUCCCGGGGUGAUCCCCUCCGACUUUUUCCGGCGCGAACAACCGGAAGACGACCCCCAUUGGGGCGUCUUAUUUAGUACCGAGAGCUUUCGUGCGCUACUGGCCAUCGAACAAGACCAACAACCGAAACUCUUUGCUACACCGCCGUUUACCUUUUACGCGGCUGUGGCAGGAUCCGGAAUCGCUGCUUCUAGUUCCAAAAUGUGGGGGAGCACCAGCGCGCACAAGCGCUCCUUUACGGACGCUUUUCCGGCGCCCUUCAAGGGUUCGCCUGUUGCCGUUCCCGAAAAAGCCUGUUGGCUACGUAUCACGCGCUUGACGACUUCCCAAUUAUUACCUCCACCCCUACGAAAGCACCCCGCCGUGCGCCAGUAUCUCCAGGAUUGGUGUACGUCGGACCCGACUAUGACUGGCGUAGACGAUGUGUUGACCCUGCGUCGUUUGGAACAAGCACCCAAAAUCGCGCCGACGGUCGAUUUGCAAAGUCGGGAUGCAAUCAAGUCCUUUCUCCGCCGCACCAAAAGGUACUUGCGUCAAAAGUCAUACCAGAAUACACUCGAACCUCUCUACAACCGCUUAUUCGAAUGGCAGCAGCAAAAUGACCAGGACGAAUUAGUUUGGGGACUUGGGCACGCCAAAGUACGUGCCAUCGACGGGGUCUGGAUCAAUGGACCCCUGCUGGAAGUCCAGAUGGAAGUCGAACUCGCUCGGGACGGUGCUUUGCUUGUACGACCACGGGAACACACUGGUGUAUCAUUAAAUCGCGAUGUAUUGGCGGCGCUUGGUACCUGGUCGGGGGAAGCGUUGUCUCACGUGGUGCUCUCACAACUUCACCGGACCGUAGCUGAGCUCGAAUCGUGUCAGCUGUCGCCAGCGCAGCCCAACACUUACACUCCACUUCUUAAGCGUAUGGCGGUGGAGCUGUCAUCGGGUGGAUCCUUUCAAUCAUCGUCAGUGGCAGCAACAACAACGGCACAACGUGAUCCUGAAAAAUUGGUGGUGACGGAAGCAUGGUGUGUCUUUGCGCGCCCCAAACCCAGCUCCGUUUGGGCUCGGGACGCCAACACGUUUGCCGACCAAAUAAUGCAGGGUUUGGAAAACCCUUUGGCAUCCGUCGAAUUACCAAAGGCGUCCUGGUCGUUGACGCUCGGCCCGGGAUCCUUGGAUACAGUUUUGUCUAGGCAACAAAGCACCAAUUCAAAACGGUCGCGCCCUUGGGUGCGCUGGAUUUCGGAAAAGGUUCUCGGUGUUCGAAAGUCGCCACCGGAGGAAAAAUCGGCAAGGCCUCUGUUCCCACUUCCUACGUCUGAUGCUCAAAACAAAAUCGCUGAAUUGCUUUUGACCAAGAAUUACCCAGCGGUCGUUUGCGAAGGUCCGCCUGGGACAGGAAAGUCACACUCCAUUGCCAAUUUGAUAUGCGCCUACCUCUGUCAAGGCAAACGAGUCUUGGUAACCUCCAAGAAGGCACCAGCCUUGUCGGUUCUGCGGAACCGACUCCCUGUGACGGUACAGGAAUUGUGCGUGGAUGUAUCGCGUAGUGAACUGGCGGGAAUGCAACAAUUGCAGCAAACCGUGGAACGCCUCGCCAAUCGUGUUGCUAGCGCUAGUGCUGUCUUGGAAGCCGAAAAGUGCAAAUUUCUUCAGCGAAACAUUGACGAACACGAGGCCCAGCUCAAGGAGAUCGAUGCUAAGCUUGUGGCACGGAGCGAAAAGGUUCGAAAGUUAAUGGAUCAUCCCAAGGGGCAAAGCCUCGUUGAAAUCUCUAUGGCGAUCAUUGAUAGUGCCCCGUGGCUUGCCCGAACAAUAAGUGGAUGGACAGUAAAGGAAGUGAGCGCUCUCCGGGAUGUAGUUGUGUCACUUUUACUCAAAGAGGGAGAUCCAGCGCGUUCCGUGUCAGGUUUUUCGAGACCACCAACCAACGCACUAAUAUCUAGAGUCGCUGCGGAAGCUGGACAUGCAUUUCCUUUGAUAUCCAACGCUGUAAAAGGGGUGGCGGCGCGUAUUCCCAUGGUUGGGUCGUUGACUGGAAUUGAACAGCGGCGAAUGAGUGUGGAAGAAGCGCUGAUGCAAAUCCGAAUAAACGGCCAGCGACCCUCUCUUGCAGCUGAGUGGCAUACCGUCCUUCGUGCUCUCAAUCACGCUAAGGCAUUGCAUUCCUUCGAGACAAUUACAUGGAGGACUCACGAAUCAGAGAACGCAUGGCCACACUAUGAAUUUGCCGAUAACAUCGAUGAACUCUUCCAGCUCAAAGCUACAUUCGAUGAUGCUGUCGCCAUGAAAUCGCUUGCUUGGAAUUUGGAUCUGGAAGAUGAAACAAAUAUGGCCGUUGAGUGCCGAGCACUCGAUACAAAACGUCGGAUGAUUGCGACUCGGAUCUUGGGCCUUGCCGAGGACCUCGUGGACGCAUCUGUCAUUACUGAGUUGAGUCGGUCAUUUUCUACGGACGCUCAAUCGGCUCUCAUUCGUUUUGCACAAAUCGCGGGAAAGGCAAAGUUCAGUAGGACUUCGCAGCCUUCAAAAAUGACGCAACGACAGAGGCGCCGUCGACAAGAGUAUCUCGAUGCCUUCGAUCGAUGCUGUCGCUUCAUUCCGUGUUGGAUUCUCACCGCUUCGCAGAUAAGCGACUAUCUUCCGUCGGAAUGUUUGUUCGAUUUAGUUAUUAUAGAUGAGGCGUCACAAAGCGAUAUUAGAGUUCUACCGGGCAUGUUGCGGGGUAAACAGUGGUUGAUUGUCGGUGACGGGAAACAAGUUAGUCCGACAGAAGCGUUCGUAUCGGAAGAACAGAUCGAUGCAUUGCGAGCGGCACUUCCGCCGUCGCCAUUGGAGGAUUCGCUACUGCCUGGUCAAAGCUUUUUUGAUUUAUGCGCCCAAGCGUUUCCACAAGGGAGAGUCGUCUUGAGUGAGCACUUCCGAUGUGCAGAAGAAAUUAUUGAUUUUAGCAACCAGCAGUUCUAUGACGGUAGGCUUGUUCCCCUAAGACUUCCAACGAAAUCUGAACGACUCACGCCAUCUCUUGUCGAUGUCAUGCUACGCGAUGGUGUAAAGAUUGGCAAAGUCAACGAAAAGGAAGCUGACGAAAUUGUCCGCAUGAUACAGGACUUUACUUCAGAUCUAUUACAAGUCGCAAAGCCGCGAUCAAUCGGCGUGAUCUCCCUUAUUGGGGACGAACAAAGCCGCCUUAUACGCGGUAGACUUCUGGAUACCAUUGGACCUCGUCUUAUGGCUAGACACGACAUUCUAGUUGGCGACCCUCCGACGUUUCAAGGUGCUGAGCGAGACAUUAUCUUCUUGAGUAUGGUAUGCUCUCGAGGUGCCAUUCCGACACAGAAUCAGCUUAUGCAUGUGCAGAGGGCAAAUGUUGCAAUGUCUAGAGCAAAAGACCGUUGCGUUUUGGUUCGGAGCGUAAAUAUCCACGAAAUACCAAGUUCAUUAGACGUGAAAGUUCCAAUCAUAGAGUUCUUUCAACGAAGUGCAGCUAAUUUUGAGAAUAGACACGGGCUUGAUGAGAUUGCAGUUGAGUGUCCACAGCAAAAGGGAGCCCUAUCAAUCCGAUUAUUACUUACAAAACUUUUGAAAGAGCGGGGAUUUACCGUCCGAGACAUGGGCAUCGUUUGGAAAGAAGGCCUAUGUGUGGAGCAUCCGGCUUCUGAUCGACGCGCUGCGCUACUGGUCGAUUGCGCAGGAGAGCCGCUGCGAGAGUGGCUAGCAAGCUAUAGCCAAGAGAAGGCUAUCCAGCGAGUUGGUUGGGUGUGCUUACGUGUCGACGCUUUGUCGUUUCUCCACGAUUUUCAUGCCGCAUUUCAGACAGUAGUCAAGUUUUUGUCGAGUGUUGGGAUCGAGGAAUCCGCUAUACUGUACGACGAGCUCGACGACGACCAAGAUGAAAGUAUGGCGCCGGAGGCUUUUGUUCAGAUCGAGGUGGAAGAUCCUUCAGACGACGACUCGGAGAAUCUUCAUGAAAAUAUCGAUCUGGAAGCCGCUGGAAACCAAAUGCACGACGUUGUAAUGAUAAGCAGUGACGAAGAGGAUACCGAGGUGACGGCAAAGAAACCUGCCGCAGUGAAAGCGGAGCGUGUAGCAAGCGAGUCUUUGGAGAUCGUAGACAACGAGGAAGUAGAUCCAUCCGAUUUUGGGCAAGUAGUGGACAUUUCCUUUCUGCGGGGCGCGUCCAUGUCCAAAGACGGCGACGAUGAUGAAAAUAAUGAUUUUAAUCUGAGUGUAGGAUCUGAAACGGAGGUAGAAAGAAAAAACGAAGAAAAAAAUGUUGCUCGCCGACCAAGCCACAAGUCCAACGAACUAAAAGACGGCAAGGACAAAGACGAAGGUGACACCUUCACCUUGGCAGACAGAAAGGCUCAAAGCCGUGUGUCGAAACGGCGACGGUAUCAUCGAGUAGAUAAAUACUCCCGAGACGGACGUUGGUAUCCCGCACAGCAGCAUGAAGGAGAGCAGGAUGACGAACAUAAAUGGUACGAUACCGACUCCGACAUGUCGGUCCACAAGGAGGAUGCUUUGGUAAAAAACAAUACACAGAUGUAAUGAUCGUGAUUCCAAUAAAAUUUGUGCAACAACU